AAGGAAGGAAGGAAGGAAGGAAGGAAGGAAGGAAGGAAGGAAGGAAGGAAGGAAGGAAGGAAGGAAGGAAGGAAGGAAGGAAGGAAGGAAGGAAGGAAGGAAGGAAGGAAGGAAGGAAGGAAGGAAGGAGAGAGGGAGGGAAAAAAGGAAGGAAGGAAGGAGAGCGUGAUGGAGGGGCAUGAGUGCAGUGACUGUUUACAAUCAACAGGCCUUAUUAUUGGUAGUAUUCUGCCGGAGUUGUGUUUUAGCGGAGUGUGUGUUUGGAGUAUUCAGGAAGUGUGUUUUAGCAGUGUUUGUGUUUGGAGUAUUCAGGAGUUGUGUUUUAGUGGUGUGUGUGUUUGGAGCAUUCAGGAGUUGUGUUUUAGCGGUGUCUGUGUAUGGAGUUUUCAGGAGUUGUGUUUUGGUGUGUGUGUUUGGAGUAUUCAGGAGUUGUGCUUUAGUGGUGUAUGUGUUUGGAUUAUUCAGGAAGUGUGUUUAGCGGUGUGUGUUUGCGGUAUUCAGGAGUUGUGUUUUAGUGGUGUGUGUAUUUGGAGUAUUCAGGAGUUGUGUUUUAGUGGUGUGUGUUUGCGGAAUUCAGGAGUUGUGUUUUAUUGGUGUGUGUGUUUGGAGUAUUCAGGAGUUGUCUUUUAGCGGUGUGUGUUUGCAGUAUUGAGGAGUUGUGUUUUAGUGGUGUGUGUGUUUGGAGUAUUCAGGAGUUGUCUUUUAGUGGUGUGUGUGUUUGGAGUAUUAGGAGUUGUGUUUUAGUGGUGUGUGUGUUUGGAGUAUUCAAGAGUUGUGUUUUAGUGGUGUUUGUGUUUGGAGUAUUUAGGAGUUGUGUUUUAGUGGUUUGUGUGUUUGCGGUAUUGAGGAGUUGUGUUUUAGUGGUGUGUGUGCUUGGAGUAUUGUGAGGUGUAAACUAGGUUGGCACUAUGAACUCUGUUCCCUUCCUCUCUCUGUGGGCAUUUGUGCAAGUGUGAGUGUGUGGGUGAAUGAGAGAGAGAAAGUGUGUGUGUGUGUGCAGGGUAGGGUAGGGGGCAGGGUAUAGUAGAGGGCAGAGCAGACCCCAGGUCUCAGACAGCUCUCUGUGUUUCCUCUAUAAGGUCUGAUUCAGCUUGGUUAGAAAAAACACAGUACAGGAAUUUUACUAGAUAGCUCCAGUUGGUGGCUGAAUUUUUAGCUGAAACUGCUUUGCACAAACUCUGCUUGACAGAUCAGAAUGUUACAGUGCUCUGAAAACAUUACUGUCUGUACCAUACCUGUGAGCCAGAAGAUGGGCUUUUAGCCAGAUUGUUGUUGAAAAACUAAGUCUAUAUAGCAUAUUGAAAGCAGAAAGUCAGGUACCCAAGCUAACAUUCAACUACAACACAUAGAAACAUCAUUCUGGCACUAUGGGGAUACUAUACCAGCCCAAUGCCGUCAGUACAGAAUCUCUGUUUUCAGAGUCCUGGUGGAGAUGGAUAGAGCUCUCAGGGCCAGAGAGAGAGACAGAGAGUGUGUGUGUGUGUGUGUGUCUGUCUGUGUGUGUGUGUGUGUGUGUGUGUGUGUGUGUGUGUGUGUGUGUGUGUGUGUCUGUGUGUGUGCGCGUGCGUGUGACAGGGAGUCGGACAGUAAAUCAAGAAUAAAUCAGUAAAUCAGACAGUAAAUCACAACUGACUUUAAAUUAACAUUUAUAUCUUUAAUCAGAAGUAACUUCACAAACAAUUAUUAUUUAUUAUUUACGCUUUCAGGAAUUCCAGUGGCUUGACCCAUGCUAAUCCUUGUCAAAAAUCCAAUAGACAAAUAUCCCACACACUCCAAAUAAUAACAGAACACCAAAAGUAGUGUAACUGUUGACUUUUCUCUCUAUCUCAAUGAUCUCAUUUAUAUUCCUCAUGUCUGUGCAAUCACUUCAGAGUUGUCUUGGGCCAGAAACCAUGUGAGUCUGGUCUGUAGACCUCUCACUCUCCUCAACAUUAAACAGCUCUUAUGGACAGACUGGGUUUGAACAAUGGUCUCCUGUGGACCACAAGACUGUGUUAGCUUAUACAAGUCUUCAGGUCUCAGACAAGGUGACUAAUUACAUGAGUUUGGUUCACCGAACCACAAGGAGCCAUCUAAAACUCUUAGGGAAUAUGCCUAGUCCUGGACUACAAAUCACUUUCAAUGGAGAUUCUUAAUCUGUGUCCGGGAAACCGGCCCUUGGAGUUUUCUUGUAACCCGUUAAAUAAAUCCAGACAAUCCUAAUGAUUAUUCCGGUACACAUAAUUACCUCUGCUGUUCAGACAGUUGGUGACCUUUCACAAGACAGUAAAUGACAGUUAGUGAAUGUCUGGACAAAGGUCAGAGACUGCGACUUGGCCAUUAAACACUAAUGGUGUGAAUGGGAGUCAAUGGACGUGUGUGUUAUGGUAAUAGUCACUUCAAAGGUCCAUGAACUUUAACAGAACCAGUGUCUCUAUCCACUAAGUCCUCAGCUCCUCUCACAUCCAUUUCUCCCAGGACACUGCCCUUCUUAUCUGACUGACAGGUCAGAGGUCAGGGGUCAUAUCUAAUACUACUACACUGGACCAAUGAGAGAGCAUGUUGUCUUAGUGAUAACCCAGCUAGGUUUUACAGGUCUUCUGUGAGAGACUAUAAGGACUAUAAGGAGAUCUUAUAGAUGGUAGUAAAUCCCAUCUUUCUCUUUCAGACCAUCGUAAAUAUGAUUUGUCAAGACUAAUUAUAUUAACAAGACACAGAGGCACAGCAUGAACAAUAUAUCAACAUUUGGGUGCACUUUUAAAGAAUGUUUGUGAUACUACACUAUAUUUGUAUUCAGAAACAUAUUUUGCACUGCUCUCUCUCCUCUCUGUCUCUCUGUCACUCAGCUGUCUCUCUCUCUCAUUUCCUCUCCCUCUCUUUGGGAAAACACAUUACUGAACAAUGAAAAUCAUUUAUAUGACAUAUUUGUGGCUUGAUUCAUUAACAGUCUGUUGUUGAGUGUAGUGUUAGGACAGACUAAGAGAACCAUGCAGUCUGGUGUCACGUGAAAUAGCAUCACAACUCUCUAUAGAUCACCACCAUUAUAAACUACUAACAAUCACACUCAUCUGGUUGCAAUGAGAUGGAUAUUGGUAGGAGGUGAUUGUUGCAUCACUUGUACUGUUCCUGUUUUGUUUUACUGUCCACUGUCUAUCCUUGAGGGACUCUCCAGUGUUUUGGGUGGAGGUGGUUUGAGUCCAUCUCCUGCCUCCUGUAGCUUAAACACACUCAGGAAAGAACAAUGUUUAUGAAUUAAUGGAUGGAUGGAUGGAUGGAUGGAUGGAUGGAUGGAUGGAUGGAUGGAUGGAUGGAUGGAUGAAUGGAUGGAUGGAUGGACUAGAGAGGAGGCCUAGGAUGAAAGAUACAGUAUAUGUGAAUAAGAGAAUAAAUGCAGUGUGUGUGUUUGUGUGCAUGUUUGUGUUUGUUUAAGGAGGGUGUUUGUGUUUGAGGAUGGUAAGCAUGAAUAUCUAGUGAAUGUGUUUUGAAACCUUCCAAGCAAUCUGUUGUUAGAUUGAGCAGAAAUCAUCACUAGCCAAUCAACACCCACGGAACUGUUCCGAAUUAAACUAUAACUAACUCACCAACAUAACACAAACAGACCGAUAGCACAUUACAUUGAAGAUUCUCUGAAGGGGUUGGCACUCAUAUUGUAUGUUACAAAGCUGCUGGUUUAUAUGACUGAAUGAGAAGAUGCAGUCUAAUUUAUUACUCCAUGUAGUUGAUUAACUCUGGGCCCAAGCCAGGAGGGUGUGUCUCUAGAGACUUCAGCUCUCAUUGUGAGAGAGAGAGGGGUAGAGUGAGUAGAAGUAGCCCAAAGGCCAGCAGAUGGCAAUGUUGAGUCGUUUCAUCCUAUCGUCAUUUUAGCUGGCUAUACACUCAUAUCCUCCUGCACCAGGUUGUACAUAAAACAUUCUCUGUUCAGGCUGAAAAGGCAUGUUGCGUAUCUCAUUCGGCCAAUCAGGUAGCAGCAGUCUGUUUUUUCACCCCUGGUCUGAUUGGCUGAAUGCCUUACCCAACAUCCAGGACUAGCAUUAGCCACUGUAUGGUGGUUGAAAAUUGUGUUUCAUAAAGAAGGUAUGCAUAUUUCCCCUGUUUUUCCCCCACCCUUCUCACCAUUAAAUGACAUUAAGGAGGAAAUCAAUGCCCUUGCAGCCUGAAUGGAGAAUGUUUUAUGUAUGAACUGGUCCAGGGAGAAUAAGAGUGUAAAGCCGGCUGCAUACAUGCCCUUUGGACAGUAUGAUGAAAUGACUCAAUAUCGCCAUCUGCCAGUUUUUGGGCUAGGGUAGAAGGGAGCAGAGAGUAGGAGGGAAAUUCACAAACCACUAAAUCAAUAAUGUUGCCACAUCUUGUGCAAUAAUGGAUUAUAGCUUGAAUUAUUGGCUCAGAAAAAGUAUUAUGUGUGAAAAGUACAUCUAAUGUGUAGCUUAGACUACUUAGGCUUACCUGGUUAAAUAAAGGUUAAAUAAAAAAAAUAAAAAAAAUAUUCCAUAGCUACAUUUCUCACAGUAAAUGUACAUAGACCACAGCUCUGCUUUCUGUGGAAUUUCGAAAACUCAAUAACCACCCCUAUACUGUUAAAUUCGUUCCAUCACACUUUUAGAAAACAUCACCCGCCUCUGCAAGACUCACCUAUGCAGCUCAGAGUGUUCCAGAAAUGGGACGUGGAACCAGGGGCGGUGUGUUCAUUAGGGCGAUAUGGGCGACGCACUGCCAAACGGGAAAAGGAAGGGAUUUUUUUUCUAAUCAAUUAUAUCACGGCAACAGUAGUUCAGUGUUCUAAUCUAGACGUCUGAUCUGCCACUAAAUGUCCAAUCAGGCUAAAGUCGUGCUUCAAAUGUCCCCGCCCGUUUUGGGGCGAUUUCAGUCAGGUUGAAAAUCGCCCAGAAGUCUCUCAUAGCCUCUAAUGUAAAAUAUUUUUUUUUUCAAAUAUCAGAGCUUUCAAUACAAUCUCUAUGGGUUUCUGAGGGCUUGCACUUACGCGCUUUCGUCAUACGUAACGUAACAUAACCAUGAACGUAACUAAGAAACUACUCUUUCACCCUGAAGGCGGCACGGCAGACAGCACCGCUUGGACAGCGACUGGUGUAACCGACAUGCACCAUCUUUCAGAAAAGAUUAAGAAAAAUGAGCUGUCAAAGACCCACAUGGAUAGCUGUUUGAGAUUGUCUGCUUUGGGGAGAGUGAAUAUUGCCACUCAACUGGAUGAGGGAUACAGGCUAGCUGUCCGCCGCCACAACGAUGAGGUUAGCAACAGCAGAGUCGUGAACACUGUCUACGAGAAUCGAGACGACCUCAUAGAAUGUUUUGAAGCCAUCCGGACGGGUUCAUUGGGUUCAUUUGACCAGCCCACGGUGAGAGAGGCAUCUGGCUACGUGAGGAUACUACAUGAUGAAGAUUUAAUUUUUUUCCUGCGGCUUUUUCACAAAAUCAUGCCCCACGUCGACAUUCUGUACCAGAAGCUACAGAAGAAGGACAUCGAUGCUGUCUUUAUCAAACGUGCCCUCGACAGCUUCACAAGCAGUGUGCAGGCCAUAAGGUAAGAUUAAACAAUAUCAUUCGAUCUUUCUCAAAGCAGAGCUUUAUUUGAAAAUGUAUGCAUGAAAGGAGACUGCAUUUGUGUUUGAAAUUACAUUAUUCUCAUUAUAUAUGGCCAGUGGUGUAAUCUAUCUUAUUUUAUAUACUAUGUGUACUGUACAGUGGUGCUCAUAAGUGUAUGAACACAUUCUAAAGUUGACUAAAAAGAGGAAUAAAAAAAUAAAAAAAUCAUCUUUUGGAAAUUGAUCUUAAUGACUUAAUUAAAAAAGUUGGAAAAUCCAACCUUUAAGGACACCAAUUUUCUUUUCUUUUUUAUUCCUCUUUUUAGUCAACUUUAGCAUGGGAUCAUAAGCUUAUGAGCACCACUGUAUACUGUGCUGAACAUCCAGGCUAUGUGAGACACAAAGGCUAACUUAAACACUAAAGACUUUAUGCAUCCCUGCCCAUUUUAAGUGGAACUGAAGUAUUUGUACUAUACAUGGAUACAUUGCAUAUACCUGUGCAUCACAUAGACAACAAUACUGUACAAAGCCAACAAACACAUUGGUCUGUUUGCCUUCAGGGACUCCUCUCAACAGCAGCUGCAAGAAGCAACAGGAGCCAAAAGACCCAGAACAGCUUUGAGAGAAGAGGAGAAGCAGAGGCUGUCUGAAGAGGUCUGCAACACCAUCCUGGAUCACACCAAAGAAAGGUUCUCUUUCUCUGGCCACCUUGUGAGUGCUACCUUACUGCAAGCAGACAUGUUUGAAAGGUACUGCCAUUCAAAAAAAUAAAAAAUCUGUUCAUGUUCAUUUUUACAAAUCUAUACAAUUGGCCAGAAUAUGGUUGUUCAUAUUUACAAAUCUAUACAAUUGGCCAGAAUAUGGUUGUUCAUUUUUACAAAGCCAUACAGAUAGCUGUGUUUACCUUUUCUAGAAAUUACUUUCAAAUUCUGUUUUCAGGCAAAAUGUCUAUCACUGUUCAUUUUCACAAAUCUAUACAAGAGGGCAGAAUAUGGAAGUCUAUAAAAAUUUCUUAUUACCAAUAACUUGCAUCAAUGUUUUCAGUAGCCUCUAUCAAAAGCUCCUGCUUGCUUGUUGUGAAUUAUGCUCAGGUGCACAUAUUUCCAAUUCAACCAUGAGGCAAAAAAUGUGGUAAAAGCUCUUGUUGAUCCUGCAAUCUGAACAAAUACCAAGAUGCUGUAUUUUCAGCUGAUAUUUCAUUUGUUUAUGGAAAUGCAUAUUGUUUAUGCAGUGUUGAGGAAUGUGAAAGAACACCCUUGAUUAUUUUUACUGUGAUAACUUAUUUUGCUUUUGUAAGCCAACACUUUUGAGAUCAGUCAAUAAAUGCUUCUGGUAUUGACUUAUAUGCUGCCCCUGUCUUCAUGUUGUUGCUGGACAUAUCUUUUUAAAAAUGUGUGUAGGUCACCUAAAUCAUCAGAAAAAUUGCCCCCCCUGAGAAUUUUUUCAGGAGCCGCCACUGCGUGGAACCUAGCAGCAGCUGUCCCCUAAAGCCAAGGAAGACGGCUACACUGCCACACCUGAAAUAGCCCACUAUAGCCCGCUACUCUCACAAGAGACGCUUGUUUGACCAGCAGCAGUAACAGGAAAACUUAGAGAGAGUGCUUUUUCUCGUGUCCAUAUCUUGUUGCUUCGCCAGUGACUUGGUUACCCCAGCGCGCGCCGAGUUGCAAGGUGCGCUCAUUCUCAACUAGUCACUUUGAAAAUCACCUCGUCGCACGGCUGGAACCACUAGGUAACAACACUUUCUAAAUACACUUCUCUUUGUCUACUGUUUCGGAAUGUUACAUUUAGUGCAAUAACAUAUUAUUAUGGAAUAUUUGGUAGCCUUUUAGUGCUGGUAGCUUGUACAGAUUUCGUAUAAGUCAAAACAACAACUGUGACAAAUCCAGUUCAGAUACAAUGAUAACUGCACUCAUUUGAUAGUUUUUUAACAUUCCAUACCAUACAGACUAAUAAGGAAAAGGAGAACACUUUAGUCCACCUUGAUUAAAAAAUACCUGGCUAACUUUCUAAGUGAUUUAUAGGAGGUUGUAGGAAAUGACACAAAAAUGAUGUUAUAUCCCAGAUAUUCUCAUUACAUUGAUCUUUCAGUGGUGGCAGUACAUGUCAGGUUAAUUCCUACAUAUGCGUGGUGUAUAGUGUUGACAUCUGUCUCUGUCUUUGUUGUCUCUGUCUCUGAGUGCUGUUCUUUCCCCAUGUCUCUCUCUGAGGCUGAGAGGAAUGGGACUGUUCUUUCCCCAUGUCUCUCUGAGGCUGAGAGGAAUGGGACUGUUCUUUCCCCCAUGUCUCUCUGAGGCUGAGAGGAACGGGACUGUUCUUUCCCCAUGUCUCUCUCUGAGGCUGAGAGGAAUGGGACUGUUCUUUCCCCAUGUCUCUCUCUGAGGCUGAGAGGAACGGGACUGUUCUUUCCCCAUGUCUCUCUCUGAGGCUGAGAGGAAUGGGACUGUUCUUUCCCCAUGUCUCUCUGAGGCUGAGAGGAAUGGGACUGUUCUUUCCCCAUGUCUCUCUCUGAGGCUGAGAGGAAUGGGAGAUGGUGGUGGGAAGGAUGAUUGAUGAACCAAUUAUACUGAACAAAAAUAUAAACGCAACAUGCAACAAUUUCAAAGAUUUUACUGAGUUACAGUUCACAUGAGGAAAUCAGACAAUUGAAAUAAAUAAAUUAGGCCCUAAUCUAUGGAUUUCACAUGACUGGGAAUACAGAUAUGCAUCUGUUGAUCACAGAUAUCUUUAACAAAUGGGCCUCGAAAUAGGCCUUAGGAUUUCGUCACAGUAUUUUUGUGCAUUCAAAAUGCCAUCGAUAAAAUGCAAUUGUGUUCAUUGUCCGUAGCUUAUGCCGGGCCAUACCAUAACCCCACCGCCACCAUGGGGCCCUCUGUUCAUGACGUUGACAUCAGCAAACUGCUCGCCAUACACAUGGUCUGCGGUUGUGAGGCAGGUUGGACGUACUACCAAAUUCUCUAAAACGACAUUAGAGACAGCUUAUGAUAGAGAAAUUAACAUUGAAUUAUCUGGCAACAGCUCUGGUAAACAUUCCUGCAGUCAGCAUGCCAAUUGCAUGCUCCCUCAAAACUUGAGACAUCUGUGGCAUUGUGUUGUGUGACAAAACUGCACCUUUUAGAGUGGCCUUUUAUUGUUCCCAGCACAAAGUGCACCUUUGUAAUGAUCAUAUUGUUUAAUCAGCUUGGAUGGAUUAUCUUGGCAAAUGGGAAAUGCUCACUAACAAGGAUGUAAACAAAUUUGUGCACAACAUUUGAGAGAAAAAAGCUUUUUGUGCAUAUAGAACAUUUCUGGAAUUUAUUUCAGCUCAUGAAACAUGGGACCAAGACUUUACAUGUUGCAUUUAUAUUUUUGUUCAGUAUAAAUUAUUGAAUAGAAUAGUUGAGAGAUGGUUAUUAGAAUUAAAGAAAUAUAGCUUCCUGCAUUUUGGGUUCAAUCACCAUAAUGUGUAGUGAGAUGGAAUGGGACAGUAUCAAAACAACAACCAGUGUCUCAUGCUAGUGUGAGUGGAUAUCAGAUAAAGGCUUGUUGUGUGGGUUAUAAACUGAGGUUGUGUGACUGAAUACAUGGUUCUGUUUCUCCAUAUGGAGUUGCUCAAUUAAUAAUGCAUUCUAUAUUUACCCUGUGAAUAGAGGAUUCUGUUGUGCCGAGCGAGGCAGGGAAUUCACCAUCCAACAUUCCAAUGCAGGAUGUAGAUGUUCCCUAGGACGUGUAUGUGUGUGUGUGUUCCACAGGAUGUGUUUUAGCAACAGCUGGGGGAAGAACAAAACUUUUACAAUUUUUCCUUGGUGGGGAAUCAAGAACACGAAUCAAGGACCAUUUGUUGUUCAGCUUCAACAUGUCUGUCAGCAAUGUUUUAGUAGUAAACUAUUGUUCCAUUGAUAGAGCAAAUGAACCUGAUUAAAAUAUGCUUUAUUAUAACAUUAUUAUAAUAACCUAAUCGUAAUACUGUCAUCUAUUGAUUAAAAGUAACAAAGUUGUGGCUUAAACUUUUGUAAUCAAUUAUCAGAAGUAAUUGUUUCUCUGACAUCACAUCUUCAGGAAUCUUUUGAUUGACAGUUGGAUUAGAGCAACAUAAAUCUGUUAUUUAGAUAAGAUUAUAUCAGAUAGUAAUCUCUGUUAGUGUAAUGACAGUGGACAGUGGGACAUGCCAUUAGUGAGUAGUCAUAUGGGUCUCAAGGAAUUGACCCCUAGCAUGUUCCCAUUCUGCAGUGAGCCACGUUGAACAUUGAACUCUGACCUCAGACCCGUUUCCUGGCAGUGUCCCCAUGGGGGGUAUAGUAUGUGUGUAUGUAGCGGUAAGGAGAGGAGGAUAGGGGUGAGGGUUAAGAAUGAGGUGAGGAGGAUAGAGGUGAGGGUUACGGAUGGGGUGAGGUGAGGUGAGGCUAGGGGUCAGGACUGGUAAUAGAGCGAGAUGGAGAAGAGUGGUUGAUGACCUCUGCUCCCUGAGGAGUGAUGUGCCUAAGUAGGGAAGUACAAUGUGUUCCGUGUGGCUCAGUUGGUAGAGCCUGGCAUUGGUGGGGGACCAGUAUGAAAAAGUAUGCACUCACUACUUUAAGUCCCUCUGGAUAAGAGUGUCUGCUAUAUUACUAACAUGUAAAAUGGUGAGUGAAUUUAAGCUUUCUGAAGUGUGUUCUAUACUGAAGGCCAUUUGUAGGAUCCACAGUGGUAUGAGAGUGAUGUCUGCAGAUAAACUAAUGUGUGUGUACCUGUUUGAACCCACCACUGUCACCGCGGGGGGAAAUAUAUCCGUUGUGCAAUGAGCUUCUGACUGCUAUGCUUGUGAGGCUGGAUAUUUAAGGAACCAGCCCUGCAUUCAAACAGAUACCCCACCCAGAAAUAAAUACAGAAAUACCCCACCCAGAAAUAAAUACAGAAAUACCUCACCCAGAAAUAAAUACAGAAAUACCCCACCCAGAAAUAAAUACAGAAAUACCUCACCCAGAAAUAAAUACAGAAAUACCUCACCCAGAAAUAAAUACAGAAAUACCUCACUGCCGGUCUCACGGUAAUUGACUGUUAAUUAACAUAAACACAUUUAGCAUCUCCUGGCUUCCACGCAUAGCUUACACUGAUGCAGACAUUUGGAACAUCUAAUAAAUCCAUGUAAUAUAGCCUACACCAUCACAAUAAAUCCAUUAUUUAUUUUAGACAGGUCUAAAGAAACAUGAUAUGAAGAAAAUGUAGUCUAGUUCAGAUUAACAGAAUAGCAUACUCUGAGUGGUUCUUAUGUUAGGUCCUGAUGUGGCUAUGCCAAAUGGCUGUGGGCUACACUAGUUAAUUUAGCGGACAAGAUUUGCUUAGAAUUCCGUGGAAUUAUUUUAUAUUAUUUUAUAGUAUGACGAAUACAAUUGAACAAAGCUGAAUAAAAUAGAAAGGAUAUUUUCUCCAAACGAUUUGAGGCAGUGCGCACAUGCGGCUAUUCUGUGUUGAGCGGUUAACAAAGAAACAAGUACUCCUAUAUGCUUAAUUUAGAGUUAUUUAUGUAACUUUGUGAUACAAGUGUUGGAUAUAUGUUUUGAUUUUUAAUACAUUCUAAGGCUGCAUGAUGCGACUCUAAUGAUGAUUUGAAAAAAGUUGCAUGAAAGGCCUGAGCUCUGCUUUGUUUUUUUGCGCAGGCUGUACACAUUUCAUCAGUCUCUCAUUCAGAAUUUGACAAGCACUUGAUAAUGCCUCGAAUUUCCCGGCUGCAUCCCCUUUGUGUGGCCGUAAUGCCCCCUAAAAAAAAACAUGCCUUUUGUGGCCAGCAGCUGCUGUGCCCUUGGGCUGAAUAUAAUAAUUAUAAUUCCCUUCUCCCAGCUGCGUGCCAAAGCACCUCUCACUCACAUGGCUCACUGUCACGUGAUCGGGUCUUUCUCACAGGCUACAAGUGAAGCAGACACAACUGUGCGAAUCCUUAUCCAAUUCUGAGGCACAUAUUGAAGAUAUUGGAAGAACUGUCCACAUUUACUUUUCAUCAGCCAACAAGAUGAGUAGGCCUAACAAACAGCAAAAGCACUAGCCUAUGUCAAUCUACUAUCCCCCAUAGUACAAAAGUCGACCUAUUCUAUUCUGUGCGAGAAAUAUUCCAAACACAGUCUGGGACAGUUGUGGGAUGCGAUAGAUCCCAAAUUAAUACAACCACAAGCAUAAAAAAACCUGUUUUAAGCAUUGAGCCUGAUGCAACAGAUGAGAACUUUUAGCUUAAAAUGUUGAUAAACUAUUAGGCUAUUUCUUCACAUUAUAAGCGCAGCAAUGGGCAGUAGGGUAUAAGCGCGAAUGUUCCAUUAGCAGGAAAACACCAUUCUCAAAAGUGACCACAAAUAUGAUUAUGCAUGUAAUGCAUUUAUUAUAAAGGUGCAUUUUUGUGGUGAAAAUUAUCUUCCCCAAACUUGAAACUCAAGCGCUGCGUAUGUAUGCCAGUUAGGCUCUACACCCGUUGUAAAGUGGAUUAAUGUGCUUCAUUUUAAGAAGCUAUUUGGCCACUUUAGUUGUGAAACAAACCUUAUCAAAACAUAUCGGCCUAUGGGCUAGGCUACAUGAGGUGUGCGACUAUGAUUUGAAAAAGUUGCAAAAAUAAGCAUGUGCUGUUUCUUCCCUUAAACUGGGCAUCAUUCACCAGUGAUAAUAUAUAAUUUACUAGUGAUAGGCUAAUAUUGUCACCCAUCACAUGAUUCUUGAUUUAAUCUUGUGUUUACAUAUACUAAAUAAUAUAUGUGUGAAAUUUGUGUUGAUUUAGAAUGGACCAUUAUCAUGCACUUGUCUCGAAAUAGGGGCAGCUGAAAAAAAUACAUGUAAUCUAUGCAUUUAAAUAGCUAAUGGAGGACACUUUUCCCAUGGUUCCUUUUCAUGCCAGACAGUUAGGCUAUACUCCUGUUGUAAAGAGAAGCAAUGUGCUUAAUAUUAGGAAAGUUGAGAAAUAAAUAUAGUAGGCCUAGCCUAUAGAAAGCUGAUGGGAUCCUCCUAUUUUUAAUAGAGGCCAUCACUCAGUUUUUUCACGCAAUUGCGUAUCCAAUAAAAAUGUUGUGCAACAUCAGCUCAUGAUGGGCUCUUAUGAAGUGUUUGAUUAGAUUUUUGAUAAUUGAUGUCAGAGUGAUUAGAGGGACAAUAGAGUGCAGAGUACCAGGCAGUUAGCAAGUUUGGUAGGCUACUAAUGACCAUCAUCAGCAUCAGAGCUUGGAGAAGCCUAAUUACCAUGACUAAACGGUCACGUUGAAUUCGACUGCCUUCAUGACUCGUGACCGCCUUCAUGACUCGUGACCGCCGGUGUGGCAGGAAUACAGUCAUGGUAACAGCCCUACUCUGACAUACACUGAGAAUAGAAAGAUUCAUCCUUUCACCUGGAUUCACCUGCCCAGUCUGUGUCAUGGAAAGAGCAUGUUUUGUACACUCAGUGUAUAUCCCUGUGCUGAUCAUGGGACAGACAGUGAAAGAGGUCAUAUGUUGUCCUGUGCUUAUGCUUAGUGUUGAAAACCAAUUGAUACCAAAAAGUUGUUGUUGUGUCCAGGCCCGUGCCAGCCCAAUCCAUGCCACAAUGGGGGUGUGUGUGAGACCACUGAUGCCCAACGAGGUGAUGUCUUCCUGGGGUAUCACUGUGACUGCUCUCCUGGCUACUCUGGAGGCCACUGCCAACACAGUAAGUACACACACACACACACACACACAUCACCCAAACACACACACACACACACACACACACACACACACACACACACACACACACACACACACACACACACACACACACACACACACACACACACACACACACACACACACACACACACACACACACACACACACACACACACACACACACACACACACACACUAACCCGGGGGUCAGUUUGUCUAGCGGCUGAGGCCUAAUAUGCCCCCCCAGGCUGGUGGGAGUGGCCUAAUCUGGCCAUUCUUAAUGAGGUCACUCAGUGGGGGUCACUCUAAUGAUGUAGUACACAUGUCCUCACGCUUUCAUGGGUACAAUGAGUUAUGACAGCUCACACGCUGUGUCAACACACCAUAAAUAGAAAUAGCUGUAUGGAAUAAUGACAGUCCCAUAAAUGUAUGUAACAGUUUUUCCUGGUUGGUGUUUGUGUUCCAGAUGUGAAUGAGUGUGAGAGCGGGCUGUGCAGGAACGGAGGUGUGUGUACAGACCUGGAGGCCAACAACUCAUGUGUGUGUCCUGUAGAAUAUGCAGGAAGAAACUGCCAGCACAGUGAAUGUGAACUUGUAUAAUGUUUUAUGUGAGUCAUCACAGGAUAAAUAUUAUAAGACUGGUCUUGAGGUUCAAUGCUUACAUGGACACAUUAUCAAAUUAGGUAUCUUGCUGUUUUCCAUUUGAGUGUGCCUCUGUGUGUGUGUGUGUUAGCUAUUUAAGCCCUCUGUGCUGUCCUGGUGUCGCGUCACUAACAAUGUUGUCACGUCCUGGUACUAGGGCCUCUCUGCUCUCCAUCAGAGCCAGCCAGAGGAGCCUGUUUUGUGGGGGAGAAUGAACGAGACGGACCCCUUGGACCCCCAUCCUCCACAGGGACCAAGGACACACACAGACCCCAGCACCACUCCCCUACUAUACACUCUCCUCCAGGACCAGAUGUCUCUCCACUCACUCUCCUCCAGGACCAGAUGUCUCUCUACUCACUCUCCUCCAGGACCAGAUGUCUCUCCACUCACUCUCCUCCAGGACCAGAUGUCUCUCCACUCACUCUCCUCCAGGACCAGAUGUCUCUCCACUCACUCUCCUCCAGGACCAGAUGUCUCUCCACUCACACUCCUCCAGGACCAGAUGUCUCUCCUCUCCACUCACUCUCCUCCAGGACCAGAUGUCUCUCCACUCACUCUCCUCCAGGACCAGAUGUCUCUCCACUCACUCUCCUCCAGGACCAGAUGUCUCUCCACUCACUCUCCUCCAGGACCAGAUGUCUCUCCACUCACUCUCCUCCAGGACCAGAUGUCUCUCCACUCACUCUCCUCCAGGACCAGAUGUCUCUCCACUCACUCUCCUCCAGGACCAGAUGUCUCUCCACUCACUCUCCUCCAGGACCAGAUGUCUCUCCACUCACACUCCUCCAGGACCAGAUGUCUCUCCACUCACACUGCUCCAGGACCAGAUGUCUCUCCACUCACACUGCUCCAGGACCAGAUGUCUCUCCACUCACACUGCUCCAGGACCAGAUGUCUCUCCACUCACACUCCUCCAGGACCAGAUGUCUCUCCACUGACACUCACACAGGAGCUGUGAAGAAAGAGAGGAGAGCUGGUAGGAUGUGGAGGAUGUUUUUGUCAUUUUGAAGCUGAAGUCUCAGCCAGUGAGAGUGAAGAUGUUGGACUGAUGAAUGGAAGUAUGGAGGAAGAAAGAGAAGAACAAAAGGAUGGACUGACUAAUAGAAGUAAAGAAUAAAAAAUACAUGAUGUAGAGCUCAACAGAGAAGAUUACUCAGUUUUAACAGUAGAGACGCUGACUGGCGUCAGUAGAAAUGUUGCUCCCCAUCAGAGCCAGCCAGAGGAGCCUGUUUGUGGGGGAGAAUGAACCAGAACAGAGAAGAUGACUGAGUUUUAACAGUAGAGACGCUAUCUGGUGGAUCUCAGAGUGAGACAGUUAAUGACUGCAUAUGAGAUACCUAUCUCCAUGAUGGGACAGACCUGGAACAUUGGGUUCAUCUGGACCUGGGAACUAUCCAGUGCAGGACUGAUGUUGUCCUUCAGAGCAAGGAACACUGGCCAACACCUUCCCUCCACCAAUCGAAGCGCAGUACAUACGUGUUUACCCACAAGUCUGCAGGGGCCACUGUACUCUGCGCAUAUAGCUUAUAGACUGUGAGCUCACAGGUCAGUGACAUCAUCACCUGAAGACACCUUUUUACAUAUGCUUCAUCAGACCAUGGUCAAAUGUUAAACCUUCCAAAACAGGAAUACAUUGUAAUAAGAUAAGUAUGUCAUGACUGUGUUGUGACACAAAAGUUCAGUUCUCUCUCUUUCUCUCCUCUCUCCUCUCUCUUUCUUUUUCUCUCUCUCUCUCUUUCUCUCCUCUCUCCUCUCUCUUUCUUUUUCUCUCUCUCUCUCUCUCUCUCUCUCUCUCUCUCUCUCUCUCUCUCUCUCUCUCUCUCUCUCUCUCUCUCCUCUCUCUCCCUCCUCCUCUCUCUGUCCUUUCUCUCUCUCUCUCCCUCUCUCAUGUAGACCUAUUGGUUCCCACUAAAGUAACAGGUAUAGUGACUCAGGGAGCUAAGGACUUUGGCCGUGUCCAGUUUGUACUCUCCUAUAAACUGGCCUACAUCAAUGAUGGACUGAGGUGGACUAUGUACCCAGAGGAAGCACACCACAAGGAC